AUGGAGUCUGCGGCGCUGGUGGGUGUUGGCGGUGUGGCUAGCCGCAACGACGGCGGCUUCACGCAGACCCGCUUAGAGGCGCUGCGGCAGGAGCUGGUCGCGAAGCAGACGGAACUGGACUCCUUGCGUGCGCUUCCGCGAGAGAACAAGUACCUGCGGGGGAAGCUGCUGGCGCUGAACGACCGGGUGAACAUCAUGGCGGCGGAGUGGGCCGAGCCUGUCAGCGGCGAAGACAUCAAUCUUCGCGCACGCCUGCUGGCGUACCAGCGACACAGUCGCAUGCUUCAAGAGGAACUGGAGCGCAAGGAGGACACCAUCGUCGAGCUGCGAGGGGAGCUGGAUCAGAAGGAGGAGGAUCUCCUAGUCAGCAAGAGGCGCUGUGCUAUUCUUUUCGAACGCCUCCAAGCGUUGGGAGCUGUGACUGUCAAGAGCAGCGAGGAGACGGCAAAGGACGGCGCAUGCGCACUGGUCAUGACGGACGAAGAUGACCCGACGAGUUUUCUGUCGCUGGUUCGCAAGGUGCGCAGCGUGGAGUCGGAGCGGGAGUUGCUGCAGGAAAAGCUCAUAUCUCUCCAGGAGGACUAUGAGCGGCGGGGGUUUCUCGUGGCAGCCGUUCAGCGCGAAAAUGCCGCGCUGCGGGCAUCGGUCUCUCAGCUCAUCCAGCAGGUGCAGCUAUCGACGAUGAUGCAGCUGGGUGGCACAGCGGCGGGCUCAGUGGAAGGUAACGAAGGGUGGCGUGACGCCGUGGAUGAAAAGCAGCGAAAACUUCUCGCCUAUCGCACCCAGCGCGAGGCGAAGAAGCCUACGAUCGUACAGGAUGAUUCGAAUGGUGGAUAA